AAUGUGAGAGAGUGCACCUAAUAUGUUCUAUUUCUUAGUGGUAUGAAAAUUUGAAUCCAUUUCCCCAUGGUAUGAGAAUUUGAAUCCAUACCCCCAUGGUAUGAGGUUCCGUACCAUUCCGAACCAAACGUUCCCUUAGGGUUUACUGGGUUAUGGAUUUGUGGUCAUCUGGUGUUAGGCAUUUCUACCACCAAAAGAUUUGGCCAAAUUUAUGUGUCUACUGAGCCAGGCAAGAUGAUCUUAAAACAGAGUCACAUGUAUUAGUAAAUAUUUUGCCUAAAUUGUUGUAAUCAACAAAGAAAAAUGGAAGAAAAUGUAUGUGGUGCAGAAUUUGGCACACGGGGGAAAUUGGCUCUUUUGUUUAAUCAUUACGAUGGUUGACAUGACACAACAACAAAAACCAUGCUACUGGUGGUCCAAUUUGUAUGGAGUAGUUAAAUUGAGAGGGGCCGAUUCCGAAUUAUUUGGGGGUUGUUAGUGUAUUUAACAGUAGUUGAUUCAGCAUUUAUUAUUAAACUAUUUUUUUUUUGGUGAAAAUUUAUUAUUAAACUAUUAGUAGUCUCUGAAUAUUCCACUCAGAUCCUUUUCUUCAUUUGCAAAAGAAAAAUUCAAAAUAUAAGGGUCCGACGUCCGUAUUUAUUUGUUUUGGCAGGAUAGAUUGAUUAGGUUACAUAACGCCAUAACGGGUCAAUUUGGAUAUUACAUAUCCGAUGUCCCUCAUUGUUGAUUGUUGAUUGGUGAUGGUGAAUCCCGUCUUUGUACGGGAAUCAUCCUGAAAUUGUCGGUGAUGAAUCAACAAUCACAUGUUUCACAGAGAAGUCCUUUUUGUGGUAUCAGAAUGUCCACUAAAUUAUUUUAGGCCUAUGGAAUCUUCCAAUUAUUGCUGCUACUCCGUACUAUUUAAUCUGGGUUUGAUGCUUGCCUGAAGUUUCAUUCUUGUUAAGUUGCUGCUGCCUGCUGAAAAUGGCUCCUCCUUCUUCUUCUUCAACUACGGGUUCUGGUAAUGGUUCUAGUUUUGCAGUCAAUAUAAUGGCGUCGUUCUACAUUUCCCCACAACAACCUUCCACCACAAAUUCACAUUCUAUCCCUCUCACUUUCUUUGACAUUCCUUGGCUUCAAUAUCCUCCGCUCCAACCUCUCUUCUUCUUUCAACUUCCAUCUACACCCCAAUCUUCUUCUUCUUCUUCUUCUUCUUCUUCUUCUUCUUUCGACCACAACUUGUACUUGGAGUUUAGCUCCACCAUCCUCCCUAGGCUCAAACACUCCCUCGCUUCUGCCUUGCAAUAUUACUUUCCCUUUUCUGGAAAACUCACCACUACUACCCAUACUAUCCCGAAUAACCUAGUUUUCUCGACAGACUCAUCAGAUUCUGUUGAGUUGACUGUUUCUCUGUGUGAUGCUGAUUUUAAUGGUCUAUGCAGCUUUCUACCCAGGUCUACUCAUCUCUUCCAACAAUUGGUUCCCUCCUUGCCAAAUAUUGAAUCCUCCAACCUCACUACAUUCCCUGCACCUUUAUUAGCUAUUCAGAUCACAUUCUUUCCCACCUCUUCUCCUGGUUUCUCUAUUGGCUUUGCUUCUCAUCCUGUGCUUUCUGAUCAGAGGACCUUCAGUAACUUCCUUUACUCUUGGGCCUCUUUCUCCAAGUUUGAUAAUCUAAACAUUUCACUUGCCCCUUCCUUCCCUGUCUCUGACAGGUCUGUCAUUCUCGACCCUGAUAGACUUGAGCCCCUUCUGUUGGAGCAGUGGUUGGGAUUGGAGUCCAAACCAACCAUGUCAACAAAGAUGAAGCUACGUCCUCCUCCUGCUUAUGUCCGUGGCUCGCUCCGGUCCACAUUCGUCAUGGGCCCAUCUGAUAUUGCUAAUGCUACACAAUGGUUACAAACCCAGUGUGAGAAGCUCAACAGAUCAUAUCCUGUUCUCUUGUCACCCUACGUCGUCACUUGUGCCUUUAUAUGGACCUGUUUUCUGAGAGCCCGAGUCCAGAACAGUGCUGUUACUAAAGCCAAAGCAAAAGGCACCAUGUACUUUGGAUUUAUUGCUGGUGGUAUUACCCGUUUACCCUAUCGGGUACCUGCUAAGUAUCUUGGCAACUGUGUCGGGUUUGGACGGGCAGCAGCGCAGAGGGAGGAGCUACUGAAGGAAGGUGAGGGGAUGUUGGCAGCUGCUGAUGCAAUUGGGCUAACCAUUAAAAAGUUGGAUAAAGAUGUUUUAGGAGGAGCUGAGAAAUGGAUAUAUGAAUGGCAGACAUUAAUGGAAUCCGAAGAUCAUAUUCAUGUGGUUGGGUCGCCCAAGGUGAACCUUUAUGAGACGGAUUUUUGGUGGGGGAAACCGAAGAAGAUAGAGGAAAUUUCAACUGAUGUUACCAGAGCCAUCUCUCUUACACAGAGCAGGGACAUGAAAAGGGGAAUUGAAAUUGGCCUCACUUUACCAAACUCCAUUAUGGAUGACUUCUCCUCUAUCUUCACUCAAGGCCUCCUUGUUUUUCAAAAUUAGUCAUUUUUUUGCUUCUGUACCCUUUUCAUUUUCAACUUGUGGCGUUGCACGUUUUCCAUUGUCCACCAUAGUUUACUGCACUUUUUUAAUAAUAAUACUAUGGAGUACUUCGUAAGAUAAA